AUGGGGAAAGAAGAGGAAGCCACGCCGCAACGACACGUCGUUGUUGAGAUAUCAAAUGAGGUGGAGGCAGAGAGCAUCACCACCUUGCAUCGGCGGCAAAUAUUGCACAGAGUGUCACCGCAACUGCGAGAAAACAAGAAGCACGUCUAUGAUCCAGUCGUUCUUUCGCUCGGCCCAUAUCACCACGGCGGGUCCCAGUUCCGUCAGACAGAGAAACUCAAAGUGGAGAUCACUAAUACAACGUUGGACCCAAACGUCAGAGGUUUGUUCCGGUGCAAGAUCCUUGAUCGGAUUGACGAGAUCAGAUUCUUUUACAGCGGGCUUUCGACAUACGAGUUCGACGACGAAGCAUUGGCUCAAAUGAUGCUACGUGACACAUGUUUCGUCUUGUACUAUAUCGAGAUUGGUACACAAGAUAAUGACGAUAACUACAAUCACAUGGUUCAUCGGCUUGGACUAUACGUGGUUGGGUUAAUGUUUCGUGAUUUCUUUGUGUUGGAGAAUCAAAUCCCGUUCUGGAUAAUAAAGCUCUUAAUCAACUUAAAAAUUAAUGAUAAAGAUGAAGGGGAAGCAUUGCUCUGCACAUUCUUGAGUGAAAUGAAUCUUGGAGAUAAUAAUAGGUUGACACGAGUUCCAUGGAAAGACGAAGAAGAACCUCUUCACCUUAUUGAGGCCCACCAUAUUACUCUUGUCGAUCAUGAGGAGAUUGUUGCUACUAGUACCCAACGUCGUCGAAAUUUGAAAUUCAAAUGGACGCGGCGGAAAAGAUCCAGUCCAAGUAGUAGUUUCGAAAGUGACAGCAACGCAUUUCGUUCAGUGACAGAUCUCAAAGCAAAGGGCAUCCACUUCAGACCGAGUUCUAAUUGCGUAAAAGACAUCAGGUUCAAUUCAUACUCCUUUUACGGGGAGCUCUAUCUUCCUAUUCGGUUUGUCACUAACAAUUCCAAAGUAUUUUUCUCAAACACAAUAGCCUUUGAAAUGUCCCCCGAAACCGAUACAAACUUUGAUGUGGCAUCGUAUAUUAAUUUCAUGAAAGCAUUAAUUGAGAACCCAAAGGAUGUUAAAGAGCUUCGAGAAAAGGGCAUACUAUUUAGUUCUUUGGUGAAUGACGAGGAAGUGGUGAAGAUGUUUCAAGAGGUCGACACAUAUAGUCACACUAGUGAUUAUGGGUUCAAUCUUCAAGACGUUACAAUGAGGAUUAACGAGCAUUGUUCUAGCAAGGCCAAAACGUGGAUGGCAGAGCUAAUUUAUACUUACUUUCGUAGUCCUUGGACUGCUAUUGCGCUCUUAGCUGCCACCUUUCUUUUGUGCCUUACUUUUCUUCAAACUUUUUACACUAUGAAUCCGGUGUAAGUAUUUGCGGAAUUUUAAAAUUUUAAAAUUUUAAAACCCAUCCCUAAGAUCCGUGUUCUUUGGUUGUUCGAUAUUUGUUGUCAAGGUUUGUCUUAAUCUGUGUACUCUUUGGUUUUUUUAUUUCCUUUUUUUUUUAGUUAUACAGGUAACCGCAACCAACCAUAUAUGUGCACUUGUAUACUCACUCUUG